AUGUCCUCAAGAAUGAACGAAUUUUCGCCAAAGGAGACUUCUUCAAGAGGAGAUCAUGGGAUUUAUUUGUUGUGGAGAGUCCAGCGGAAAGCGGGCUUGCACUUCCUUAGCAAUGCCAAUUUGAAGGCCCUGGUAGAGAUAGGUCUCCCCAAAUACCUUAAAAAGACCAUCCAGAACCUUCAGCAGCUCAAAGAUGAGUCGAUUAUAGAUUUGCAGCCUAUAUUCCAUGAAUUGACGACCCAGUUGAUGGGACGUAUGGCUUAUAAUGUGGAAAUGCAUCACUCGGAUCCCUUUACAGCGGCUUUUGAUUUUGCAUCUGGGGCAACGGGAGAAAGGUUCCAAAAUCCUUUGUGGCAGAUAACCGAAAUAUUCUUCGGGCGACGAUUCAGGCAAUCAGUUGCCACUGUCAAGGCUUUUGGUUCGGAAUUGGUUUCCAAGGCUGUUACCGCUAGACAAAACGCGAGAAUACUCGGGGAAGUAGUUGCUAGGCCUGACCCCCCCGAUUCCCUUGAAAGCGUUUCUGGUAGUUUGAUUAACUCCCUCCUUGAUUCCGUUGAUGAUCACCAGAUGGUUGCCGAUGCGGCUCUGAAUUAUCUCACUGCAGGGAGGGAUACUACUGCUCAAGCGCUCACAUGGACAUUUUAUCUGAUGAUGCGGCAUCCAAAUGUCCUCGAGCUUGUACGUGCCGAAGCUAUCAAACUGGCUACGAGCGCCGAUCUCCUGCUAUCCGAUUUCUCUGGUAUCGACACAUGUAUAUUUCGGCCUGCUUCCCUUCCAUACGCAAUGGCCGUUUUCUACGAAACGCUGCGACUAUAUCCUCCAGUACCUUUUGAGUUUAAACAAUGCGAACAUGCCACUACGCUUCCGGAUGGAACCUUUCUCCCGCAAAAUGCUGUACUUGUCUGGUGCACUUGGGCAAUGAAUAGAUCACGAUUUACCUGGGGCGAGGAUGCUGACCAAUUCAGCCCAGAAAGAUGGCUUGAGGAUGGGAACUUGAUUUCAAAGACAGCGUUCGAGUUUCCCGUCUUUAACGGCGGGCCACGAACGUGCUUAGGGAAAAAUAUGGCUGAAAAUGUUGCAGUGCAGGUCAUUGCCACCAUGGCUCUCUUUUUCGAUUUUAAGGCUAUUGAUGAAAAGGAACGGAUAAGUCAAAACAGCCUGACAUUACCGAUGGAUGGCGGCCUACCAUGUAAAGUAACGAUACGGACUGGGUUGCUAUGA